AUGUGUCCAUCCAACCCAAUCUCGGCCUAUGGUUUCACAGCCGUUGUAUCUUCAGCUACUGCUCUUCUUGCGACAGAUCCGCCAGCAAUACCUGCCCCAGCCAUUGCAGUCUCCGAAGUCCCAACUCCAGCAACGCCCCUCGCCCAACGGAUCGACGAAUAUGCAAAGUCCCAUCUUCCUGAGCCAACAUACAAUCACUCCCUUCGCGUGUAUCACUUUGGGCUGGCGAUCAAGCGAUACAGGUUCCCCGAAUGGGCCUUUACCGAUGAAACCUACUUCCUUGCCUGCCUCCUUCACGAUAUCGGAACAACCCAAAGCAACCUAGAAGCCACCAGAAUGAGCUUCGAGUUCUUCGGAGGGUUGAAAGCGCUGGAAGUUCUGCAGAACCUAAAACCUUCCUUUGUAGGAGGCUCGGUCGCAGUCGCCCCGAAAGAUCAAGCAGAGAGCGUGGCAGAAGCAAUCAUCCGGCAUCAAGACUUGUGCGAAAAAGGUAAAAUCACAGCUCUUGGUCAACUGCUUCAGCUGGCAACAAUAUUCGACAACACUGGCUCCUAUGCCAAUCUCAUUCAUCCCUCAACUAUUCAAGAUGUUUCCAACCAUUUCCCUCGUCUGGAAUGGAGUUCGUGCUUCGCUGGUACCAUCCAUGAAGAGAAUCGACUCAAACCUUGGGCACACACAACGACACUUGGAGAGGAAGAAUUUCGUAGCAAGGUGCUAGGAAAUACUCUGAUGGCACCCUAUGAAUGA